AAUUCGUAAGACUGUCAGUAAUGUUAGGUGCACAACAAACCGACAAGAAUCUCUGUAUCAGGGACGAACGCUUUGGUAAUGUGCCUGUGAGAAUAUAUGAACCAAAACAUCCCUACGCUGAGCCAAGAAGAUGCAUGAUCUACAUACAUGGAGGUGUUGCUAUGAUUGGAACCAUUAGAGCUUAUGCAACUGUAUGCCGUAGACUGGCCCUAAGAAGUGGGACGAUGGUUGUGAACAUCGGGUUUCGUUUAGGUCCAGAGCACGCAUAUCCUGCACAGCUUGAAGAUUGCUUGUCAGCUGUAGAACAUUUUCUAAAAGAAGCAAGGAAUUAUGGAGUGGACCCCAACCGCAUUAUCCUUGCAGGAGAUAGUAGUGGAGCAACACUUGUUUCUUUGGUUUCUCAGAAUCUGUUAUCUAGGAAAGAUAUCCCAAAAAUUCAAGCACAGUUGCUGAUUUAUCCAUUCCUCCAGUCGGUAGAUGUUACGUUGCCUUCAUAUCAGCAAAACUGCUUUGCCCCCAUCUUGUUUAAGGAACGAGCUAUCAAACUUGCUCUAAGAUUCAUGACAGAGGAGAUGGUAGAUUUUAAAGGAGUGAUGAAGAAUGCCCACGUUCCUGAUGAUAUGUCAGUGAAAUACAGAAAAUGGAUUAGUGCUGAUCAUAUUCCAGAUGAGUUUAAGAAAAGAGGCUAUGUGCCAAAAGUGCCUGCUCCAUUUUCAGAAAAGCUUUACAAAGUAACUGGAUUAUCUUUUCAGCCAACAUUUUGUCCACUUUUAGCUGAAGAUGACAUUGUACGACAACUCCCUGAGACUUUCCUUUUGACUUGUGAAUAUGACGUACUUCGAGACGAUGGACUAUUGUAUAAGAAACGGCUAGAGGAUAACGGUGUGCCGGUGACUUGGCUUCACCUAAAGAAAGGAUUCCAUGGAAUUCUGUUGGAAAAUGAUUGGAUGUUCUUUAAGUUCCAAGAGGCAGAACAUGCAAUGAAACACAUAGUGGACUUCAUACAAAGGUUCUAAAAUGAAACUGCCUUCAGCCGGAAACAUCUGUGCCCCGUUACUGUGUGGAAUCACAUUUGAGUUGCUUUCUUUCAAAGAUUUGUCUCAAAUCAGGAUAAUUACAAUCUAGAUAGUGUCCAAUAGCUGUUUGCCUGCCUGUAGCAGUAGAAAAGAGUGAGCUGUGACUUAUGAAAGUUCAUACCCUACCACUAUUUUUUUUAGUCUUAUAGGAGCUACUAGACUUUUUUUCUUUUCUACUGCCCAGUAUACAGUGAUGAUUGGGGUGGGGGAGGGGGAGUAGGAAUACCAUCUGGUUUCAAAUACUUUCAGACUCCAACUGUUUGGUCACUAUUCAUUAAAUAUUACAUUUACUUGCUUACUUACAUCCUUCCUUUCUUACUUCAUGGAUACCUUGCCUUUCUUCCUAAUGGGGACCCAAAGUGGCUUGUUUCAGUCUCUUCUCCAUUUUCUCAUUUCUUGAUUUGUACCUCACCUUCCAGCUCCAAAUACUCCUACCGUACUGUUUAAAUUCCAAGAACAGUAUGUAACCAUAGUUCAAAGCAACCAAAAUAGUAAAAAGCAAAAUUAAAUCCAAUUUCAGAUCAGUAAUCUCAAAGUUCAUAAUGACAGCUUUUGUUAGAUGCUUCCUCCCCCUGCAAAAAACAACAACAAAAAAGAGCAGUAAAACUAAUA